UAAAGAAUAAAUCCCUGACACAAAAUUCACGAGAAGCCAGAAGAACUAAUCGUGAGAUGCGAGUAUUCGUCACUCUAACCUACAUCAUUAUAGGAUACCUAGUCUGUUGGGUCCCCUUCCAUUUUGUUUUUGACCUAACUGCUUUUGACCCGGAAUUGGUACCAAAUGUUGUGUAUGAUAUAACUUUCUGGUUGACCUACGUGAACUCUACGAUCAACCCAUUUUUAUACAACUUUUGCAGCCCCGAUUUUAAGCGGGCUUUCAGAAAAAUUAUCUGCAGAACGAAGUCUACACCAAAGGGCACAAGUUUAGGCUUGCUUGCGCCAAGUGUUUAG